AGCAACAGCAACCAAAAAACAAAACUCACCAUGAAAUUCCUCAUCGUUUUUGCUGCCCUCUUUGCCGUUGCAUUGGCCGCCCCACGUCCAGACGCUGAAAUCCUGAAGAGCGACAGUGAUGUUGGUCCCGAAAACUACAAUUUCGCCUACGCAACCAGCGAUGGCGUCGAACAUCAGUCGUCUGGUGUCUUGAACAAUGUCGGUUCUGAUCACGAAUCCCUUGCCGUCAAAGGCUCUUACUCCUGGACUGAUGAGAAGACUGGCGAAAAAUUCACUGUUACCUAUGUUGCUGACGAAAACGGUUUCCAACCCAGCGGUGCUCAUUUGCCAGUUGCUUAAAGUUUAACAUUUAAACUUAAAAUAAAAAAAAAGUUCUUGUGGCACUAUCAUCAUAAAUUUCAA